AUGCUUCCAAAAGGUCCUUGUCCCCACAGCGAUCUGCAGACUACCCUGGACUGUAACACCAACACGGCUGUGGUGUCUUGGACGCCUGGCAGCGGCAUCCGCUACUACAACGCCUCAGCCGAUGCCUUUCGCAUCGUACACCAGCAGACCUGCUCCACCAACGGCUCCUCCUGCAACAUCAGCUCUCUGCUCUGCGGAGAGAGCUACAGGGUGAGCGUCAGCGGACAGGGACAGAACUGCCCCAGUCCAGCACAGGACUGGUACCGAAUCAAGACAGCUCCCUGUCCUCCAACCCAGCUGAUGGUCGACUCUUCAUGUGAAUCAAACAACAUCUCAGUGUCGUGGCAGGCCUCCCUGGGUUCCUUCUCCUACAUGGCCGUGGCUAAGGAUGCACAGGGCCACCAUUGGUCCUGUAACACCAGCAGCACCACCUGCCAGAUAUCAGGUCUGCUCUGCGGACAGCAGUACCAGGUCUACGUUGCUGGUGUUGAUGAAACGUGCACUGGAGCCAAGAGUGAUGUCAAAGUGAUUCACACAGCUCCCUGUGUGCCACAGAACAUACAGAACAAGCUUGACUGUGUGUCUGGUGUCCUUAACGUUACCUGGACGUCAACGGGUGACGUUUCUCAGUUCCGCGCCUCCGUGGUGAGCAGCAAAGGACACGUCAGCAUCUGCCAGACAAAUAAGCAUCACUGCGUAGUUCACAACAUGCAGUGCGGUCUGACCUACAACGUGACAGUGGUGGCCCAAGAUGAGGCCUGCAACAGCUCCCAUAACCCCAAAAAGCAGGUCCUUACAGCUCCUUGUCCUCUCCCGACCUUUUUGCCCACUGUCAACUGUGCCACCGGUGUUGUAUCCGUAACCUGGAACAACAGUGUGUCGGGGGUCGUGUACACGGUGUCUGCGGUUGAUGCCACAGGUCGCCAACACAACUGCAGCGGCACAAACGCCGGCUGUAAUCUUAGCAUGCUGGAGUGCGGGACAGAGUACAACGUCACCAUCACACCAUCCAGAAACGGCUGUGUGGGCAGAGACAGCCCCACAAAAAAGAUUAAGACAGUUCCCUGCGUACCUCGCCUGUCUGAAGUGGAGAUCGACUGCCUGGUAAACUCAGCCUGGGUGAUGUAUGAGGAGUCUGCAGGGGCUGAGGAUUACGUCGUCAUGGCGACGGACAGCCAGGGUGACGUCCAGACAUUUGAGUGUAACUCCACGUCAGACGGGAUGUGCGCUCUGCCGCCGCUGAUGUGCAGCAAAAACCUCACCUUCACCAUGAAGGCCCGUGACCAGAAGUGUCCAUCUGCACCCAGCAAUGCUGUCACAACUGAGACUGCUCCCUGUCUUCCUGAGAAUGUACAAAAAUCAGUGGACUGCGACAAUCGCACGAUCAGCAUCGCCUGGUCAGCCAUUCCUGGUGCAGUAACGUACACGGCCACGCUGGAGCAGAUAUCCGGAGGCAAAUUCUGCUGCACCACGUCAGACACCGGCUGUGACAUCACCGAUCUGCCUUGUGGAGAAAUUUACAUUUUGGUCAUCGUGGCUGAGGGACGAACUGCCAUGCGUUCCCAGAACCUCAAAGCCAGUCUGAGCUGCAGCGACAAUGUGGCCUCCAUGUCGUGGAACCACAGCAGGGGAGGACAGCUUUACAGAGUGAGGGCUGUGGGUACCGAUGGCCACGUGGACGAGUGCAUCUCCAGCACGAACCAGUGUGACCUGACAGGUCUGCUCUGUGGACAGUAUUACACAGCUACUGUGACGGCAGAGGACCAAGACUGCCAGAGCAAACGUAGCGACAGUGUGACAAUCAAGACUGUGCCGUGCACACCUGAAAACAUUUCCUCUGUGGUGGACUGUGAGGGCAACACUCUGACUACGUCCUGGUCUGAGAGCUCAGGAGCCGACUCCUACAUCGCCACAGUACAGGACAGUAACGGUCAGACCACAACCUGCCAGGGCACCACCGAGGGCUCCUGCAAUGUGACAGGACUCGGCUGUAGUCAGAUCUACCAUGUCUCCGUGGUGUCAUCAGAUGGAUACUGCAACAGCCCGUCCACUCCAGUGGUUGACGCACCUUCAGUUCCCUGUCAGGUGAGAAAUAUUGAGGCAGUGAUGGACUGCUAUGUGCAGAUGGCCAUAGUGACGUGGUACCCAAGUGAUGGAGCUUUGUCCUACAUGGUCAUGGCCACCACCGCGUCGGGCCUCAACGACACCUGUGAGGCCAACACCACCAACUGUAAUCUGGUAGGGCUGCUUUGUGGCCAGAGCUACUCUGUCUCGGUGAAAGCUGUGGGACAGACCUGCAACAGCAUCGCUCACAUGACAGGACAGCUGGUCACUGGUGAGCCACGGCACACAAGCUCAGCAAAGCUGCAUGCAUGCUAA